AGGCACCUGAUCUAGACACUCCGGCGGCGCUGGCGCCAUGGCACGAGUCCAUGGCUUCGGAGCAGUGGGCGAAGGAUUUGAAGGUCUUCCUUGUGCCCUUGGCCUCGGCCUCCUCCAGCCGCCGCGGCCUAUGGCGCGACCGCCUGCUGGCCGCCGGCGCAGCCGACGUUUUCGAGGCGCCGAGCCCGAAGCUUGCGGGUCUCAGCCACGCCGUGCUGGCGCCGGAGCUGACCCGCGAGAGGCUGGACUCCUGGCUGAAGCGCGAGGCCAUCCAACUGAACCCCGAGGCCUGGGUCACCACUGACUGGCUCAUCGCGUGCCUGGCGCGGCAGCGCCUUGCGCCGGAGGCCCAAUUCAGCUGGCCGCCAGCGACCUCGGCGCCGUCCUCCCCAGCAAAGCGGCAGGGCAGGGACGAAGGAGCGAACACCUCCCCGCGAAAGGCAAGCGCUGCACACGUCGCUGCUACUUCUCCGACGUCGCUGUCGCAGUCGCCAGCAAAGCGCCCGCACACAGCUAUCGAGUUUGGCGACGCCUCGCCAAAGACAUUCUCACCAUCGCCGACCUUCAGAAAAUUGGCCUGGGGCGCAGAUGCUGCCUCGGCAAAGCCACAUCAGGAUUCCGGAAGCGAGGUGGAGGAAGUGCCGAAAAUGUCGGCCUUCAACGGCCAGCUGACGCCGCUGCGGGAGCGCCUGCUGCGGAGCAAGCAGAAGUUUGCGUGCCAGCGCUCAGAACCUGCGCGGGGCAACAACCAUGAGCUCGCCGAUCUCUUCUCACGCAUGCAGAAGCACUACGAGUCUUUGGGGGAUGGCUGGCGUGAGCGUUCCUACCGAAUGACUGCUAGCCUCCUGCGGGGCCUCGCCUUCGAGAUCUCGGGGCCCGGGGACCUGCAGCGCCCGGAGCUCCGGAGGCUCGGGAAGAAGACUCGGGAGAAGCUGCUGGAGUUUCUCCAAACAGGGAAGAUCGGAAGGGUGGAGGGCCUUCACGAGGACGAGGCCACCAUCGCGCUGAACGAGCUGCAGGGCAUUUGGGGCGUCGGGCUGACCACCGCAAGGAGAUGGCACGGCAUGGGGUGCCGCAGUGUGGCAGAUGUGAGGCAGAGGGUGAAGGAUGGCCAAUUGCAGCUGAAUCAGGAUCAGGUGAUUGGCCUGGACCUCUACGAGCACUUCGCGGAGCGCAUCCCCCGGGAGGAGGUGCAGCAACUUUUCGAGGCCGUGCGCGAGGCCUGCCAAGGGCGCUUCGGGCCGCGGCUCCGGCUGGAGGCUUGCGGCUCCUAUCGCAGGGGCAAAGCGAGCUGCGGGGACGUGGACUUGCUGAUCUCCGCGCGCAGCCCAGAGGAGGAGUUCGGCCUGGGAUCCUGCAAGGAAGUGCUGGGCCACCUUAUAGCUGACCUCACGAAGCAGGGAUUCCUGACCCACGACCUGAAAGGCUCCAAGUGGCACGAGGGGGACGUGUCCACCAGCUCCGCGUGCUACUUCGGGGUCUGCAAGCUGCCGGAGAAGGAGACGUAUCGCCGCAUCGACCUCAAGGUACACCCAGUCCUCGAGUUUCCUUUCGCCCUGCUCUCCUUCACCGGGUCCGGGCCCUUCAAUCGCUCCAUGCGGCUCUUCGCGCGCCGCGCCGGCUUUAGCCUGUCGGACCACGGCAUUUGCCAAGCAAACCAUGCACGGGGCAAUGGCCGCGGUCAGAGGCUUUGGACGGGUCCUCCCAUCGAUCAGCAUCGCUUCAUCACAGAGAAGGACAUCUUUGAUUUUCUGGGCUUGGCCUACCGCGAGCCUUGGCAGCGAGAGGUGGAUGCCCAGUGGCUGCUGGAGACGGGCACCGACCUGUCGGCGGCCGCAUCGAUGCCGGAGACGGCGAUGCCGGAGACGGCGAUGCCGGAGACGGCGAUGUCAGAGGUCGGCACGCAGCCGGAGGUUGUCGAUGUGGACUCAGACUCUGAGGAAAAGGGCUGUGAAGAGAUCUCGCCUGCGAUGCUCAUAAGGCUAGCACAGCUGGUGGUGGCCAAGUGCCGGAGCCUUCACGCAGACCCGGUGUCCGACCCCUCCGGUUCAGCGUAUUUGCCGCAGAUUCGGCAGAUGUCCGAUGGUCAGAUCCUGGCGCACUGGAGGAUUUGGCGCUGUCCGCUGCCCGAAUACCAGGCGGCUGCGGCGCAGAUCUGCGUGUCCCGGCGCUUCAUGUGCGACACCUUGCUGCUGCGGGCGGUGAGGCAGCUGCACCUAGCGGGCACGGAGGAACUGAAGCAGCUCUCAGCCUGGCCAGGAAUCGUUUCGGUCGCGGCGUUGGGUCUCAUUGACUUUGCCUAUGGCCUCGGUGAUGUGAGUCGUGCCCACGCUCAAUGUGAUGUCAUGUCUCAGGCGAACAUUUUCCAGAAUCUGAUGAAGGUGCAUGGGGCCCUGGAGGAAUGGAAGAAGCCUCUCUUUGUGCUCUCGCUGCUUCUGCUGCGGCAGCUGGUGGAUCCGUCCACGGCCACCGCCAAGCUGGCGGAGGUCACCGACCGCGGCCUCAACUGCCCGCAGACCCAGGUGACCUCCUUCUCUCUUUUGCUGCUGCUCUGCGCCCAGAGGAUUCUGCCAGACCAGCAGCAGGAGCAGGGCUCGCGACAAACCCUGUUGACUUGCUUUGAGCAUUUCAUGGACAGCCACAAGGAGCAAGCAAUGGCUUCAGCCUUCAUCGAGCCAAACCGCCUCUACUGGGCCAAGACGGCUGGCCGCCCAGGGUGCCCGGAGUGGCUGCAGAACAACGUGGACGCCCAUGCGGUGAAUUGGUACACGGCGCUGCUGAACAGCACGCUGGCGAUCCAGGUUCCGCAUUUGCCAGUCUACUGGGAUAGCUUUGCCCCGCCAGUCGUGGACUUUUGGGAAGGACUCACAGAGGAGGCCUGGGGCCACUUCCGCGCGAACUUCGGCCGGCGCUGGCAGGGGAUUCCGCAGCUCAAAGCCGACAGCCCGAGCCCAAUCCGCCGCAAAGACCUGCGGGGGGGCUACCUGCCCCACCAACCGCCCAGAGGCCUCGACCGCCCCACCCAGCAGCUGGGAGCGGUGAUGAAUGCAGAGAUCGCCCCUGCAGGGCGCUUUGCCAAUGAGGCAGUGAAUCCUUCAGGCUCACCAGAGGUGAGACGAUGCCUUGCCAGGUACGUGGAGCGCUUUGGUUUCUUCUUCAGCAAGGCCUUCUUCGUGCGUCGCUGCUUCGAGGCGCUGAAUGGUGAGUGCAAGCCAGAAUUCGCCGGCGCCCGCGCUGCUAUGCAGGACCUCUUUGCGCAGUACAGGCGCGAUCCGCAGGCGCGUGUGCCAGAGUUGGUGGAAUCCUUGGAGGAGUAUUGUUACAAGGAUGACAUGUUCGUGGAGCUAGACGUGGAGGCGACUUCACACUUUCUGCAAUGGCUGCAGCUUAUUGAGCCUUGA